AUGGCCGACAACGUUCCCACUUCCCCGAAGCUCGAGGAUCUGCCCAAGAUCGAUCGCGACAUCGCUGAGGCCCUGUGCACCGGCGUCGAGCUGAAAAAGGUGGAGACCCAGGAGAAGCAGGUCCUUCCCAGCCCUACCGAUGUCAAGCAGGAGAAGACGCACAAUGAGCUGUGCACCGGUAUCGCCAGCUUCACCCCGGAGAAGCUGAAGCACACGGAGACCGAGGAGAAGCAGGUGCUCCCGAGUCCCCAGGACAUCAAGCAGGAGAAGCAGCACCAGGAGCUCACCACCAACAUUGAGGGCUUCAACGCGACGCAGCUCAAGUCGGUGAACACCGAGGAGAAGGUGGUGCUCCCCUCCAAGGAAGACAUCAUACGCGAGAAAGCCCCCGCCGAGGCGGCCAACUUCGACAAGUCGGCGCUGAAGCACGUCGAGCCGCAGGUGAAGCACAGCUGCGAGGUCAUCGAGGCUCAA